GGAGAUCCUGAAGCGGAAGUGGUGGGAGGGCAGCAAGUGCCCCAAGGAGGAGGACCACCGGGCCAAAGGGCUGGGCAUGGAGAACAUCGGGGGCAUCUUCGUGGUGCUCAUCUGUGGCCUCAUCAUCGCCGUCUUUGUGGCCGUCAUGGAGUUUGUGUGGGCCACACGGCGCUCGGCCGAACACGAGGAGAUCUCGGUGUGCCAGGAGAUGCUCCGCGAGCUGCGCCACGCCGUCUCCUGCCGCAAGCCCUCGCGCGCCCGCCGCCGCCCGCGCCGCCACCACCACCACCACCACCACUUGGGCCCCGGCUCCUCGUUGUCGUCGUCCUCCUCGCGGGGGGGCCCGCUGUCGCUGCGCGCGGUGCGGGAGAUGCGCCUCAGCAACGGGAAGCUGUACUCGGGCAGCCUGGCCUCGGACCCCGGCCCCCAGCGCCUCCUGGAGGAGACCCCCCCACCCGGGGGACCCCCCCGCCCCUGCGCCCACGUGCGCAUCUGCCACGAGUGCCGGCGCAUCCAGACUCUGCGAGGGGGGGCGCCCCAGACCCCGCGUGGGACCCCCCUGCUGCCCCCUCCUCCGCCCCCCCACGAGGAGGGCUCCCCCCGGCCAGGGAGGAAGGGGGGAGGGGCCUCUGCAGGGGGAGGGGGCUCGGGGGCAGGAGGGGGAGGGGCAGAGUGACCCCCUUGGCGAUGGAGCCCCCCAAAUGGCCCCCCUUCGCCCCCCAUUCCCUCCCUCGCUCCCUGCCUUCGCUCUCUCCGGCGGAGGCCCUCGGUAGACAUGUACGCUGUGCGUAUGCCUUUGGGGGACCCCAGAAGACCCUCCCCCUGUGAAAAGCCCUGUCUACUUUUGGGGGGCAGCGAACCCCAACUCUUGACCCCAAAGGGAGGCCAGCUUUGCGAGAAGAGGACUUCCGGGCGGACACUGGCGUGCGGCACCUCUCUCUCUCUCUUGAGUGGACAGUGGGACCUCCGGUCACUAUUUUGGGUGGACGAUGGGACCUCGGAGCUGUCUUUGGAGUGGACACUGAGCAAGGUUCCGUUCGGCCCAACGAUGCAGCGAAAGCACGGCCAGAACAUUCUUGGGGGGCGAUGGAAGCCCCUUGACCCAAUUUUGUGGGGUGAAAAGAGAUGGAGGACCCCCUUGAUCCAAAUUGUGGGGUCACAAGAGAGGGCGGAACCCUCCAACGCGGUCCCGUGGGGUCACACAUUGUGGCAGAAGCCCCUCGCCCCGAUUUUGUGGGAUAACGACACGGCAAGACCCUCCGGCCCAACUUUCUGGGUGACAAGGGUGGGCAGAAGCCCCCAACCCCAUGGGGCAUUCUGGGAUGGCAGAAGACCAACUUUAGGAUGGGAAAGUAGGCGGAAGACCCCCUUUGUGGGGUCACGAGGCACGGCAGAGCCCUCCAACCUGGUCUUAUGGGGUCACGUAUUAUGGCAGGAGCCCCCAACCCAAUGUUUUGGGCGUGAAAAGAGAUGGAAGGACCCCCCCAGUCUUGUUGGGGAAAUAGGAAACCCCAUUAUUUGGAGUCAGAGGAAAUGGGGGGGGGGAGGCCUAUUCUAUGGGGUGAGCCUCCCAUCCUCUGCCUUGAACCCCACUUUCUUUCUGCCAUCGGGCCCCCAAAACUAUUGGGUUUGAAGGGAUGCCCCAAAAUAAGAUGGCGGAGGGGUCUGCCGCUGCCCCGGUCUUUGGGGGACACUCUACCCUCUGGGGACACUCCACCCGCUUUGCCUUUCUAGUAAUAUUAGGGGUCCCUUCCCCUUUUGGGGGGCAAAAGGCUGACUCUGGGGGAAGAGGCUGGACUCCAGCCCCAUUGAGGACCCUCGGAUAAGGGAUUUUGGGGUCCCAUGGAAAGGGGUCGGGCCCCCAAAAGUGGGAAAGUGGGGGGAGGCGCCCCACCCAAACAACAACAACAACAACGUCUUGUCUGUCUUUUUUUAAUUUCCGUUUUCUUUCCUUCUUUUUUGGGAGAAAUUUCUAUAUAGGAGCCAAAAAGAAAAAAGAAACGGAGACUUUAGUGGCAAACAACCCCCCAAAACGACAAAAUAAACGUGAAAAUACUUGAUUCUUU